CCUCACCCAUUAUUUUCUCAACCGCAAUUGGUUUUAUCAUCUUCUCUCUCUCGUCGAAGGCAAAAAAAAAAAAAUUAGGGUUCUCUUCUGCGUCUACGCCCGCUUCGAUUUCGAUUUGAUUACGCGCCACAAAGAAGGUUCCGUACGCGUGGAUCUGGAACCGUACCUUAGGUUCGAUUAGUUCUGUCCGAAUUCGAUUACUUCCUGUCUGUUUUUCUUGUCCGUUAUUAGAUUUGAUCUGAGAGAGAGAGAAAGAAAGAACAAAGAAACAAAAAAAAAGAUGUCGCGUUAUUUCACAACCCCACCGCCUGUGUAUGCGAGGAACUGGGCGAACAGUCAGAACUUGGUCGAAUCGACUAAGAUCGAAAGACAAAUAGUCUCUCAAAAGGUGCAUCGGAAAGAGAAGAAGGAGAAAACGAAAGAUAAGAAAGAAAAGAAAGAGAAGAAGGAGAAAACGAAAGAUAAGAAAGAAAAGAAAGUAGAGAAUGAGAAGAAGUCCCUUAAACUAUAUAUCCCAGUCAAGCAAGUCUCGGACGAGUCUGAACAGCUUGAGAAGAGUUGUUUGACAGAAGAACAUGAGCAGCUUCAUCAGAUUGGUUAUUUGUCUGAUGGUAGUCAGAACAGUAAGAAGAGAAGCAGGGAAACUUCUCCUGCUGUUGUUGAGAGUCAAAUCAAAGCUACGCCUGUAGCUGGUAACCCACUCCGGUUACGUUUUGUUUUGAGGAAACCAAAAGAAGCUGAGGUUGUACCUCAAGAGGAUCGUGUUUGCUCCACUUCAGGGACUGAGAGACCCAUCGAGAUACCAAGUUCUGUCUCUGUUCCAAAGACAUGCGACCAUGAUGUGAAUCUGCUCUCAACCGCAGUUGAGAGUGACAAGAUUACAAUUUCUUCUGAGUCAAAGAAGAGAAAGAAACAUAAGCAGAGCAAAGAAUCUCGGUACAAUUCAUUGUUUGAUGGAUGGGUUCCUCCUUGUCUGUCGUUGGAGGAGGAUAAUAGCAACAGCGAUGACUGGCUUUUUGGAACAAGUCGGCAAGCUUCUUCCAAAGCUUCUAUCAAGAGUGAUGAAGACAUGAUCAUGAACUUGCAGACUUCAGGAGAAGAUUGUUCUUCUUUUCCUAGAGCUCGGUUUUUGCCUGAAGUCGGAAUUUUUUCAUUACCAUAUACAGUACCGUUUUAGUUCCCAAAUUGUUUUGUUGUCUUUCUCAGCUGUUAUGACUAGAGCUUAGCCUUAGCCCUUCGCUUGUACAUAACUAAUUGUAACAAUCACAGUGAUCUAUAUAAUACUUCAAGAUCUCUGUAAUUUUGAAACUAAUAAUAGAUUAUAUUUUCGACUUAAA